AUGAGAAUCUCUUUCUGGGAGAAUUCUUAUCUUCUUCUGGUCCUCAUUCUUCCAAUUUUUGCCAAUCAAGAUUUUUCAACAACAGUGAAGAAUAUUGACCACCUGCCCAAAAAGAUUUCUUUCAAUCAAGGUAUCAAUUACUCGAGGAUAUUUGCCUGUAACGAACCACAGCCACGAGCUUAUAAUCUUCAAGAUUUAAUGGAAGGUGUACAUUUAAAUCCAGCUGAGAGUCCAAGUUAUCCUGUUUAUAUAAUUCUCAAAAGAUGUGAUGUUCAUACAGGAUGUUGUCCAAGUACCGAUUUGAGUUGUUCCCCCGUUACAAGUUCCAAUUAUACCGAAGAAGUUGAAAUUAAAAUCAGUAGUGUGGGAACGAGAAACAAUAAAAAAACAUGGAUUAGAGUUGAACAUCAUGGAAAAUGUGAAUGUAGAGUGACAAGUGUUAAUGACAGGAUCUGUCAAGAAAAUCAAAGACCUCUUAUAGUACUUCUUUGACCUUCAAUAUUUCUUAAUUUUAUUCCUUCAGGAAUAAAGUUGAAAAAACUUUUUUUAAAAAGUAACUUAACUCUCUGACGUUGCUAAUAAUUUAUCCUCCACUCCAGUGCUAUAAAAAGUAAUUCCAACGAUUCAUAUUUUGUAAAUAUCAAAAAUAUUAUUUAUAAUAUUUAGUGAUAAGUGGUGAUUAUUUUUAGGAAUUUUAAAGUUGAUUUUUUUUCCGCCGUACAAUGUUGAGGAUCUAAAACAAUAAAAAUCAGUAGGCGUUAGAAAAAAAAAAGUGUUUUAGAAGAAAGUUAAAAAACUUUUUGUGCUUGUUACAGAAAUUUUGAACAUUUCAGAAUCAUUAAGCUAUUUCUUUUUGCAAAUCCAGAGUCCAGACGUUCUUGACGUGAAAUUGCUUUUGAAAAAGAAUGGGCUUUAAGACUAUUUAAAUGUAGAGUAUUCGAGGAAGAUAUUUGGCCAUGUGCCAAAUGUAAAUCUCUUUGCGGCGUCAGUAAAUCGAAUCAUCAAACAUACAUUUUAUCACGAUUGAACAUUUUCUCAUAACCGCUUCGAUUUGCCAUUGGUGAAAAUACGGAACUCUUUUUCAUUCUAAAAUCAAAAAGAAAUUUACAUUAAUAAUAAUUGUGAUAACAUUAAUUUUUAUUUUAAGGCAAAAAACAGUAUUUCUUCAAUUUAUUUUUAUGACACUUUAAAUAUUAAAUUCGCUUUCAUACAAAAAUAAUUCUUCUAAAUUUAAUAAGAUUUUAUAAAAAUAUAUAAUUUACAAAAUAUUUUUUUAAUACUAAUUUAAUUUUCUCCAAUAAAUUAGCAAUAGCCUUGAAAAUUUCCAAGUCUCAAAUUGUUUAUAAAUCCUCAAGUGAUAAGUGAUUUAGAGAUCUGAGAUUAGCUCUUCGUAAAAGUUGGGGUGAUUUCUGCGAUAGCAAUAAAAAAAAAAAAAAAUAACUCAAAAACUAAUUUUAAAUAUUUUUAUUACAUUACUUUUUAAUUAUAAAAUUAUUCUAUAAAUGAAUGAAAUCCAAAUAAAACUAGUACAAGAAACUAAUUUCUCCAUCAGUUUUCACUUAAAUCGAAUAUCAAAUUUAAUAAAAUUUUACAUUCAAAAUUUAUACUAACAAAAUUAUUCAAGAAAUUAAUUUCACUUCAUUUCUUAUUUUCAUCCACUUUAAUCAAAUAUCAAAUAUCAUGAUUAAAGUAAAAAAAUUUUCAUUCAAAACAUUUAUACUGAAAAAUUAUUCAAAUAUAUUGACAAUAAUAUAUUACAGAGGAAAAAAAGUUGACAUUUAGAAUCUUAAACUAGAUACCUACAACGAAAUAUUUUGUCAUAAUAAAAAAAAGUCAUACCGAAAAAUAAAAAUUCGUAAUAAGAGAGAAAACAAAAUUUUUCGGAAUGUCGUAGAAAUCUUAUUACAUAUAAAUACCGAAUUUUCGUUUUUUUUUUUUUUUGCCAUAUAUCACUUACAUUAUGUGCGAGAUACAAUUUUACUUUUCGCCGCUGUUUUUUUUAAAAUCAGAAUCCAAAAGAUUUCAGUAAUUUUAAUAGUAAAAUAAUUAUAUUUAGUACAGAGAACGUGUAUUUUGUUGAAAUAUUUUUGGAAGCUUAUUUAUGAGAUUUAUAAUAACAUUAAUGGUUUACAAAUAAAAAGUAUUUCGUACUUCAAUGUUUAACGUUGGAAAAAAAAUUUUUUUUU